AUGCUUUUUCCGCAGCACAUCUUUCCUCGCCCUGCAAUCUACACCUUGAUCUUCACUAUCCCUCCCAUAUGCCUGCAUCGCCGCAACAAACUCGCGUCGGAUAGGUCGGCACCGGCGUCAUGGGGUGCGCCAUGGCUAGUCAUUUGA